AUGACCCGCCAUUGGCCCUGGGAGGUGAGCCUCCGACUGGAGAAUGAGCAUGUGUGUGGAGGGGCGCUCAUUGACCUCAGCUGGGUGGUGACUGCUGCCCACUGCAUCCAAGGCACCAAAGAGUACUCGGUGAUUCUUGGCACCUCCAAGCUGAAGCCUGCGGACCCCAAGAAGACUAUCUCGAUCCGUGUGAAGGACAUCAUUAUGCACCCCAGGUUCUGGGGCCGGACCUUCACCAUGGGCGAUAUCGCCCUGCUCCAGCUUCACACCCCUGCCAUCUUCAGCAAGUACUUCUCCCCGCUGGCCUCCUCCACAGCUAACUCCACGCUGACGCCAGAGCUGCAGGAGGCCGAGGUGUUCAUUAUGGACAACAAUAAGUGUGACCAGAUUUACCGCAAGAAGUCCCGCAUCCUCCGCAUCGUCCCUCUUGUCCUUGGGGACAUGAUCUGUGCCACCAAUUAUGGAGAAAACCUGUGCUAUGGUGAUUCUGGGGGUCCACUGGCUUGUGAAGUCGAGGAUGGAUGGAUUCUGGCUGGGAUAUUGUCCUGGGAAAAGGCCUGUGCCGAAGUACAGAAUCCAGGCGUGUACACCCGAGUCACCAAAUACAGCAAAUGGAUCAAUAAGCAAAUGAGCAGUGGGGCUCUCCCAGGCCCCCACAGUGCCACAUGGCUCCUACUCCUGUCCCGGUUGCUGCAGCCCCGGAUGGUCCCCUGA